CCUGUGCCCAGCCCCGAGAGCACUCAGGCCCUACAGCAACAGCAGGGCCCGGAGGGCAGCGGGGCAGGGCCACGGCAGCAGCACUGGCAACACCAAGUGCUGCUGCUGCUGCUGCUGGGCACAGCUGCUGUGCCAGCACUGAUCUGCCCCAGCUCUGCACACAGACAUUGCUGCUGCAGCUGCAGAGAAGGGAAUCAAAGGGGAUCUCUGCAGAAAACCGGUGGGGGAUCCUUUAGUGCCUUUGAAGCCAUCAAGAGCGCAGCCCCUCAUUGACACAGUCUGUGGCCACAGGCAAAGUGGAGAGAAACAAAAUGAGAAAUGGCAAAAAUAAGACACUUCUUUGUGGACAAGAUUUAACAAGGAAAACCAAGAAAAAGAACCUCCAAAAUAAACCACCAAGUAUCAAAGAUGGCUUUUAUUAGAAGUAAUUUCCAGGAUUUGGCCAGCAGUUUAAUGUUCCUGAAACCAUCCAGCCAUCAGUCUCCACACUGCAGCCUUGAGCUCUGGUUCCUCAGGCUGUAGAUGAGGGGGUUCAGGGCUGGAAGUACCACUGAGUACAGAACUGACAGGGCCAGAUCCAGGGAUGGGGAGGAGAUGGAGCAGGGCUUCAGGCAGGCAGAUUUUGGGGCUCUUGGGUCACUUUCCAUGCAAUUUUGGGUGGGUUUUUGUAGUUACUGCCAUUAUGAUCUCAAUGGCCCCCAGUAUAGAUACAGUGGCUCCCAGUUGCCCCUCAGUAUAGCCCCAGCUGUUCCCAGUGCUGUCCCCUCUAGUAUCAUUCCAGGCACCCCCAGUAUAUCCCAGCUCCCCCCAGCAUGCGUAUUUCCAGUUGCCCCAGCGUGGUUCCAGUUGCUCCCAGCAUGAUCUCAUUCAUUCCCAGUAUAUUCCAGUUGCCUCCAGCACACACCCACCAUUCCCAGUCACUCCCAGUAGCCCUCAGUGUGGCACCCGUCACUCCCAGUAUUUCCAUGUCUGUGCUCCAAGUGCUGCUCCCAGCCCUGAUCCGUGGGGAUGGGAAUGUCCCGCUCCCUUCCCGGGGCAGGGUCACACCUGAGCCAGGUGUGCAGGGCAGGACCUUGCCCGGACCCCAAGGCCUGUCCCACCUGCAGGAUCUGCUUCCCCUGGGCCUCUCCCUCCUGCGGCCCCAAGCCCAGCUUGGUGCUAAACAAAGGGGCUGGGCCGGGGUCAUCCCCCAGUGGGGGCUGCACACCCCCUCUGCCCCCUCCCCAAAUUCCCUCCUGGGGCAGCAGCAGCUGGGACAGGAGCCCCGUGGGGAGGGAAAAGGGGGUGACACUGGGAUUGGGGGGUCACACACGCUCUGGGGGGGACACACACGGACCCUGAGGACCCCCUCUCACCUCCUGCAGCAGCAGGAGGAUGAACCCCGACAUGGAGCCCCCAACCCCGGUACCAUCUUGGGGGUGGGGUCUGGUGGCAGCUUUGGGGGUCUGGAGGGGGUCACAUCUGCCCUAAAGCCCCCUCCCAGCCCCACAGACACUCCUGGAUCCCUCAAACCACCCCACAGCUCCUGGCCAGGACCCUCCCAAAUGCUUCUUUGCAAGAACCAUCAAACCCCCUCUCCAUCUCCCCUAAAUCUCACCCAAAUUCUCUCCAAGCCACACAGCCUGGCCAGGACCACCAAAACCCUUCACAGACUGCCCCAAAAGCCCCCCAAAUCCCCUCCCAGCACCACAAACGGUCCCAAGAGCCACAAAAGCCUCCCCCAGUUCCCCCAGGAUCCCCCAAACCUCCUCCCAGGCCCCACGGCACUGACCAGGAGAGGUUGGUGGACAGGAGCAUCCCCAGCCAGGAGCAGCUCGGGCACUUCAGCAGGGGUUUGGGCACUUUGGGGGCACACCCCGAAAUGGGGAGACCCAGGCCAGGAACUGGGACAACUGGAAUUCCUGGAGAGCUGACGGGCUCAGGUGGACACAUUCCUGCCAGCACAACUACAAGAGUCCAACUGGGGCUUGUUGUGGACUCUUCCAGCCCUUGGGGGUCCUCUGGGCAGAUUUGGGAUGGGGGGACACAGAGAAGGGUGAGGGAUCCCAGGAGUGGCACUGGGAGGGACUGAGUUAUAUGGGGAUCAUGGUGGGGGAGACUACGAUCACACUGAGGGAAACUGGGAUCAUACUGGGAUAUACUGGGAAUGAGUAGGAACCUGCAGGGGCAAUUGAAACCAUGUUGUGGGCAAAUGGGAUAUACUGGGAUCAUGCUAAGGGUGACCAAGAGCAGCUGUGAGCAACUGGGAUCAUGUUAGCAGCAAGUGGGAGGAACUGGGAGUGACUGUGCAUGCUGAGGGUGAUUGAAAGCAACUGGGAUUAUACUGGGAUGAACUGGGAUCAUGCUGGCGGUGACUGGGAUCAUGCUGGCAGUGACUGGGAUCAUACUGGCUAUGAGUGCCACUACACUGAGGCUGACUAGGAAUGGUGAACAAAUGGGAUAAUGCUGGAAGUAACUGGGAGGAACUGGGAGUGACUGGUAGUAUGCCGGGGGGAACUGGGGGAGAGUUUUUUUCGUUUGGAAGCUCUGCACCUCAUGAUCCCACAGCCAGCACAACACCUCAAAACCAAUCCUGCUCCUUGUGAUGUCACAGGUCCCAGAGCACAUCACAGAGCAGGGCAGUGCUGUACUUUCAUACCCGUGAAAGCAGAAGGAGCAAAAUUGUCACAUUCUCUGGUGCCUGUGACAUCUCAGUCACCAGGGCUCUGAUGUGCUCGGGUGCCUGUGAUAACACAAGGAGUGGGGCUGGCUGUAACGUGCUCUUGUGCCUGUAACAUGCUCCCUCCCUGCAGAGAGCAGGGCUGGGAUGUGCUCUGGAGUCUGUAAUAUCACAAAGAGCAGGGCUGGGAUGUGCUUUGGUUCCUGUGAUGUCACAAGGAGCAGGGCUGGGAUGAGCUCUGGUUCCUGUGAUGUCACAAGGAGCAGGGCUGGGAUGUGCUCUGGUUCCUGUGAUGUCACAAGG